CCAGAGUCUUAUGUACCACCGUGUUUCCUUUUGAAGCACAGACCGGCAGAAAAUGUAGGUGUGGACUUUCAAAGCUGCUGGUAAAUACAUUUGGAUUCACUGCAACUAAUUUCACGGGGCGCCUGCAAAGGUGGAUGGGAAUGGAGUGCUUAUGGGACUUGGGGACAGAGUGUUAGUGAUAAAGUGGAACAGACAGGACAGGUCCCCUACUGCUUGGAGGUCUGCUAGCUGCUUGAGAGGUUGUGGAGAGUAGGGGACAAGUGGUCUCCGGUAUGGUUGGACCAAAAACAUGGAUAUAGGAAAUCCCCAACCCCCAUCCCCUCGUUGGAGGACCAGUCCCAACAGCUUGUCUGGUGGUAGGGAGACCCGGCUACCCCUGGGUGACAGAAAGGUACCCGGACUAGAAAGGAAAAAGAUCAAGACAGGUCCCGUCUGUAGAACCGACCGCCAUCAGGCGUGAGCCACUGGAUGCCUGCGGAACCUGGAGGAAAAGGGGAAGAGGGCUAGGAUAAGAGAAAGGCAUGUAGAUUAGAGCCUUGCUGAGGCUAAAGCGCACAAGCUGCGAAAGAACAGGUGUGGCCGGGGGUCCCCUCUGACCUACGAGGAACCUGGGCGGCAGAGCCAGGCCCAGCUGGGGGAGUGAGACUCACUUCCCCUCCCCAGAGGGAGCCCUAUGCUUAUAACAUGGUGAAGGAAGAAGUGGAGGAGGAGGGCAAACAUGAAAUGAAAGACAAGAGCAGGAAGUAGUGCACAGCAUAAAUAGAGUAGAGAGAUUGACAGAUGGGAAAGCCACUGGAAACUGCUCAGAUGACAGAGAGCAGGUUAAAUCAUCCCGCAGUGACUCUCCAAGCUAAAUCAGGUACCUUCCAAGGAUUCUUUCUGCAAGCUCGGCAGAUUGGAGGAGGUGCUGCUCUUGGUUCUUUCACAAUCACUGAUUCUACAAACACUCAGGGUCUAAACUGCAAUGGAGCCAAUUCAACUGUCAGUCACACGUCUAAUUCAGAUAAGUCACUGAUCCAAGCCACAUGGAACGCACCCAGUUCUGGCACUGGAGAUAUUGAAUUCAGUGCCACUUUUGUCAGGGUGUAUGAAACAUUCUGGAGCCAAGUUAAAAGUUCACAAUUGAACUUCAGUACUACUGCACCUCCCAGUCCUGCACCUACAAGUACACCGUCAUCAUUUAAUCCAAGUUCAUCCCUGGUAUUAAUUUCCAGUACUGGUUGUGGCAUCAAUAAAACCUGCUUCAGCAAUCCGGCAGGAUGUGAUGCAGCUACGAACGCAGACUGCUACUUCAUGUCUUCUGCUUCACCCCAAGGAGGCAGUGAUGGUAUCCAGUUUGAAAUUAGUGGCAAAUCCAAUGGUUACAUUUCUAUUGGAUUUUCAGAUGACACACAAAUGGGAAACGAUGACAUUUAUAUCUGUGGUCAGGAUGUUAACGGAAACAUCCAGGUCCAACACGCUUUUUCUACAGGAAGACUUACACCUACAAUUAAACCUCUGGAAAAUGUUAGCAACAUUUCAACUUCUUUCAACAAUGGGGUCAUCAAAUGCUCUUUUAUAACAAGAAACAGCAUAUCAACACAGCAGAGAGCUGCGGACACCUCUUACUACAUAUUUAUAGCUAAUGGACCAACAAAUGGAGGGACAAUACAGUACCAUCCUUCAAGACCUUUUAUUACUGAGGACAAAGUUAAUCUUUUAGGUUCCCAGUUAGCAAGUGGCAAUGCAAACACACCUGCUAUUAUUAAAACGCACGGUGCUCUUAUGUUAAUAGCCUGGAUGACCACAGGAAGUAUUGGAAUGAUAAGUGCCAGAUAUUUUAAGCAAAUAUCAAAAGGGAUACAAAUUCUUGGAAAAGACAUCUGGUUUCAGGCCCAUGUGUUCCUUAUGCUGCUAACUGUAGCUGCAACAAUCACUGCCUUUGUGCUUGCCUUUGUAUCUGUGAGAGGGUGGAGUGGUGGAGCUCAUCCUGUUAUAGGGUGUAUAGUGAUGGUUCUAGCCUUGAUCCAGCCACUUAUAGCUAUCUUUCGUUGUGCUCCAGACAGCAAAAGGAGGAUUGUCUUCAAUCUCAUGCAUGCUAUAAAUGCUUUGGUGAUCAAAGUUCUUGCAGUGACCUCAAUAUUUCUUGGUCUGCAGCUGCUUGAUAACUCACCAAAUCAAUGGCUGCUUAAAGUUAUGGGAGGUUUCGUUGGAUGGGAAUUCCUUAUUUAUCUCAUACUAGAUUUCAAUCUCUGUUUAAAAAAGGAAGAAUUAUAUGAAAAUGUAGUGAAGACUCCGCCUGAACCAGUGGUGCUGCUUAUUUACAUUCUUGGAAACUUGAUGUUUUUGAUAGCUCUUCUGGUUGGAAUUGGCCAAACAUAAAAUGGACCCACACAAAUGGAAUGCUCAAACAUUGUACUGUGUGAGGAAGAGACACUGCUGGUAGUUAGUCUUAUUAGAUUAUUUUCCUUCUCCUUCCUGACCUCUCCAUCAGGUGUAUAAUGUUGUGUAUAUAUUAUGAUUGAAUAUAAAAUAAUAAAUCAUGUUUUAUAUACAGCAUAAGGAUGUUUGACAAAACACCUUCCAUAGCACUGUCAAUGGGGUGUAGCUCGCGUAGCAGAGCCAGUGAUUAUUUAGGGAAGACUGUUUGCACUCUUUAGGACCAUGUUGAUGACUGUCCUCCUAGUGGCCGAUCAGUUUAAUACAGACAUCAGUAGCUACCUCUAGACUAGAGCUGUCUGGUAAGCCUUUAUCUUUGAACUGUAAGGUUUGCGGUUCACAUCCAGUCCUUGCUUUUUCCAUUCAUUAGCCAAAGUAUAUAAAUAGAUGGAAUUUUUGUGAAUAUACUUUCUUGUACCUUUCUGCAUUUUAAGUUUUGUGUAUUAAAAAAAUUAGAACAAAAA